UCGAAACCUCAACCUUAUCGGCCUUCCCUACCGACAGUUCUGCAUCCGAUUAGGGCAAUUACCCCCAGGAAGAAAUAAACCCUGAAAAUCAAACCACGUUUUCCUCAUCCCCGUCACCUCUUUUUUGUAUUAGCUUAGAGCCAGAGCCAGGAGGGAACAAUGGCGGAUGCUAGUCAGGGUCAGGGAGAAGAAAUUCCUCCGAAUAUGACUUUAUACAUCAACAAUCUGAAUGAGAAGAUCAAAAUCGACCAGUUGAAGAAGUCGUUGCACGCCGUGUUCUCACAAUUCGGAAAGAUACUGGAUGUGUUAGCAUUCAAGACGCUGAAACACAAAGGUCAAGCUUGGGUUAUAUUCGAGGAUGUUAGCUCCGCUACCAAUGCUCUUAGGCGAAUGCAGGGCUUUCCCUUUUAUGACAAGGAGAUGAGAAUACAAUAUGCAAAGACUAAAUCAGAUAUAAUUGCAAAAGCAGAUGGCACUUUUGUACCCCGAGAGAAGCGGAAGAGGCAUGAAGAAAAGGGAGGGAAGAAACGGAAAGAGCAAAUUGAUCCGAAUCAAGCAGCUGGAGGUUUGAAUCCAGCUUACGCGGGUGCUUAUGGUGCAAUACCUCCUCUAUCACAAUUACCUUACCUGGGUGCUAGACCAAUUGUGCCGGAAGCUCCUGCGCCACCAAAUAGCAUUCUGUUUAUUCAGAAUCUUCCUCAUGAUGCGACCACAAUGAUGCUGCAAAUGCUCUUCAAUCAAUACCCUGGUUUAAAGGAUGUUAGAAUGGUGGAAACAAAGCCAGGUAUUGCCUUCGUGGAGUAUGAAAAUGAGAUGCAAUCAACAGUUGCGAUGCAGGCACUACAAGGUUUCAAGAUGCAGCAAAACCAGAUGCUGAUUACCUAUGCAAAAAAGUAGAUGGAAAGCUCGAAAUAGUCCUUUUUCUCUUGCAUCCAACUUGAGAAGAAGGCCAUGUGUAUGGAACAUGGAUGAUGGUCAAUUAGAUAGCUAUUGCCAUCAAAUCUAAUAGUUGUUUUGUGACAUGUUCUCUUUAACUAGGGCUUCAUGUUUAUGUUUUAAUCUAUGGAUUAUUAUUAAACUCUC